AUGCGAGACAAGGUCGAUGCCUUUCUGGCAGAGGAGAUGACGGCGCCGCUGCUGCGACGGGCGCAGGAGCAGGUGCGCAUCUCGGUCCAGGUGGUGGACGAGGCGCUGGAGAGAUAUCGACCCGAGGAGAUCUCCAUCUCGUACAAUGGUGGCAAGGACUGCCUCGUGAUGCUCAUCGUGCUCCUUGCAUGCUACGCGCGACGAUACUCGCCUCCCAAGUCCGUGGCCGGCGCCAACCUGCAGAACGGAGCGCCCAAGCUGCCGCCUUUCCCCGAGACGCUGCACUCGGUCUACAUUGUAUCCGCGGAUCCCUUUGCCGAGGUUGAUGAUUUCGUCGAGAAGAGCAGCGCAAUGUACCACCUGGACGUUGCACGGUUUACGCUGCCGAUGAAGAAGGGCCUGGAGGUUUUCAAGGCGCAGAAUCCCAGCGUCAGGGCCAUUUUCGUGGGAACCCGGCGGACGGAUCCGCAUGGAGAGAAGUUGAAGCAUUUCGACCCGACGGAUGCGGGGUGGCCCGACUUUAUGAGGAUUCAUCCUGUGAUUGAUUGGCACUACACUGAGAUUUGGGCUUUUACUCGACAUUUAGAUAUUCCUUAUUGCUGUCUAUACGACCAGGGAUACACGAGUCUUGGCGGGAGACGCGACACUCUGCCAAACCCGCGAUUAAAGAAACAAGGAGACGAGCGAGACUUUCGACCGGCAUACGAACUAAUAGAAGACGAUGAAGAGAGACUUGGCCGAUAUAAAUAA